AUGUCAACUCAAGAAAGUUUAGAUAAGAACAUAAUCAAUAAAAAUUACAAUAAUAUUGAUAAAGAUGAUAGCGGAGAUGAUGCUAAUAAUAAUGAACUUGAUCAAACUUCAAGAACCUCUUCUGCGAUGAUAUCCAAAUUUAUUAUUUACUCAUUUUUAUCAGGAACGUUUGCAGCAUUAGCAUCAGCAAUUUUGGGGUAUUUAAUAUUUGGUGAAUUGCUUAAUUUACAAUGGUGGCUUGGAGCAAGUUUAAUUGUGAUAGGCACAGCAAUUGUGUUGAUGAACAAUCACAGUGAUAAUAGUAACAGCGACAAUAAUAAUGACAAUAUUGACAAUGUUGUGAGAUCGAAGAAGUAA